AUGCUCCUCGAACACUAUGUCAAGAUCACCAGCCACGCCUUGACUGGCCGUGGGCAUCUUGCCAAUCCCUUCUUGUCCCCAACUCUGGAAUUAGCAAUAUCAGAUAACUUGGUCAUGCACGCUGUGUUGGCUGUCAGUGGCAUUCACUGUCAGCACUCCACCAAGGAUUCGGAGGUGCUCCUGGCAACGUACAAGCACUACGGGACCGCUCUCAAAGGGCUCAAAUAUGAGUUGACACAUUGGGUGGAGGGAUCCUCCUCUGAAAAAUCUCUCAAUCUUCUUCUGGUGGCUAUUUUGAUGUGCAUGUACGAGGCUCUCGGAGGUAACGACAAUGGCGCAUUGUUACACCAUGUGCGAGCCGCCCGUGAAUUCUGCUCGCACCUAAUCGCGAAGGAGCCGGUGGUACAGAGUUCGCCACUGGCCGGAAUGCUCUUCGAAGCUUACGCCUAUUUUGCAGCCCUUUCCCACCUGGAACAACGCCCGAUCCUCGAGUUGGCGCCCGAGUACGAUCCGAUUCUGUCAAACUUUGACUGCAUCAAACAGUGUGAGACAUUCGGCUCCUACAUGGGCUGCGCAUAUCGACUUUACGAGUUGAUCCCGACAAUCGCUCGAUUGGUCCUGUAUGAGAAGCGAAGCAUUUCUCGGAACCACAACCCGAAAAUCCAAGCUCUGUACGAGGACAUGAGAAGAGCCGUCACCGGGUGGUCAGCAGAGGAAGACCGAGUAUGCAGUUGUGCCGAGAAAUUGGCUGGCAUGAUUGUGCAGAACGUGCUACUCAUGCUCCUUCACGAAUGUCGCAUUGAUGAAGGCCAGGGUCCCCAGCAUGUCAUGCAAGACAUCCAACCCCUCAUUGAAGAGACCAUGUCUCUCUUCGAAACCAUAAGUCAAUCUCCCGUCAGUUCCGUCCUUGCAUGGCCUAUGAUGAUUACGGGCUCGAUGAUGCUUGAAUCAAACCAACGCCAGCGUUUACUCAGCCUCGUGGGAACACAUCAUACGCACACUGCGCUAGCAGAUCAAAUAGUCCGGCUACUCCACUGGGUCUGGGAAGGUGGAGACGAAGGUACGUUCGGGAUCACGGGUCUUGGAAAGGUUGCUAGACAACACAAGACGUAUUUAUGUUAUGCAUGA